AUGAAGCGUCAUCUGGAAACGAAGCAAGAGGAGGAAGAGUUCCAGAAGCUCUCGCCAGAGCAAAAAGCAGAGUUCACCAGGUGCCACAUCGAGCAGCUAAAGCAGGUGUCGAGCGUCCUCAGGUACAUCGGAUCCGUCUUUGUCGCGUUCAUGGGCGUGCUCUACGUCUCCUUCGAGCUGGUUGCGGCGGACAGCCCCGCCGCGCAGCUGUUCCUGGGCGUGUGGGGCGCUUUUGGCUUCUUUGCCGUGGUCUUCCUGGCCGCAAGUUUCUCCAGGUUCGUGGCGAUCAUGAGGGGCUGGUGCCAGGAGUUGCCCCUGUUCCGCAUGGCGAAGACCGUGGCGGGCAACGACUGGGCGCGCGCUUCCCUCCUGUGCUGCACUGCGUGGGCGGUGCCGUUGGUGCUGCUGCUGUCCUGGGCGAACCAGAGCUGCAGGAGAUACCGCAACUUGUGCGACAGGGUCGAGAGGCUGCCAGCCGACAUCGACCGCGCCCAGAGCAGGCCUGAGCCAUCCAGGAAAGAGGACAUGAGACGCAACUCUACGGUGGAAGACGCCGAUAAGCCAGUGGUGGUCGGGGUCGUGGACGAUCCCAAGCGUUCCCGUUUGACGCAGAGAGUCGUACAGGGAUUGGAGGCGAUGGAACAGUGGAAUUGGAUCGCCAUUGUAAUGAGGAUGUACAUCCUUUCCCUCGCGUUCGUUGGGUAUGUGCUGACCCCGCGCCUGCUCAACAUAUUCCUGGCGUGGCUCAACUCCUCGCUGUCCGGGCUAGACUACACGACCCUCACUGUGAUGAUACUAAUAUCCGGCAUUACAUGUUUUCUUCUACCUCCAGUGCCCGGUGUGCCUGUCUACAUAUUCUCUGGCGUUUUGCUCGUCGGCAGGGCUGAUUUCGACUACACGGCCGCUUGCGUCGUCGCCAUUGGAGUGGGCUUUCUCCUCAAGCUUUGUGCAUGCGCCAUGCAGCAAAAACUGAUCGGCGAGCUGCUGGGGAAGAGCCUCUGGGUGAGAAGCCAGUGCGGAGUCAACAAGCCCCUCAUCCGCGCCAUAGAGCUCGUGCUCCGGGACCCUGGGACCUGGACGGUCGGUAAGGUGGCCAUCCUGUGCGGUGGGCCUGAUUGGCCCACCUCAGUGCUGGCCGGGAUCUUGAAGCUGAAUGUCCUCAAGAUGGAGCUUGGGACCGUGCCCAUCAUCUUCUUCAUCACGCCCUGCACGCUGAGCGGGGCGUUUUACCUCCGGGCGGGGGAGAGCGCAUUCUGGAGCCGCGCCGCGAGCCUGAUGGUCUCGUCCACGGCGCUCAUGGGGCUGGGCCUGUGGUUGAUGGCCGCGUGGAAGAUCCAGGAGAAGCUGGACGAGGAGGAUUGGGAGGUCACGAGGCCGCUCGCGAAGAACGUCGACCUAGAUUGGCUGGACUUCCGCAGCCAGGAGAUAGCCACGGUCUGCACUGCUACCUGGAGCAGCUUGCCUCGUUGUGUCAGGUGCGCCUCCACCACGGGCUUGUUCACGAUACUGUGCGUCUGCUACCUCUUCUUCUGGAGAUCAAGCGUCUGUUUCGGGAGCUUCGAGGUCACCGACGACAUCGACGCAUUAGUUCUCUGGAGGGGCGAGGACGGCAUCAUCAAGCCGACUGGCAUGGUGGGCUUGGCUACCUCUGGAGUUGCCAUGCUGGGGUGCCUGGUGCUCCACGUCUAUGUCACCAUGCUGCAGAGGGAGGUCGUGAGCAAGAAGGUUGCCGAGCUGGACGCGAUGGAGAUGGCCUGGAAGGCCGAGUUCAGGCAGAGGGCCGCCGAGGUGGAGAAGGCUGGCCCGCCCGCCAUCAAGGGGUUCCACGUGGACGAUGCCAGCGGAGCGGAGGUCAGGUGCAAGUCCUCUCACAGGGUCGGCAUCUCUGCCGGCACCGUCGUGCACCCGCGCCCGCCACGGCCACACGACACCGAGUGA